GCCAUCUUCCACCCAAAAGAUUUACAGCGGUAUUCUCUCCAGGUUGUAACCCAAACAGUUGGAAAUUCAAUAUGAACGCUAGGCAAGUUUUUGUGACCGUGCUGCAGCCCUAUUAGCACAUUUGUUAGAAUCAAUCUCAUCAUGGCUCGAAAUCUCAUGUCAUUAUCGGAUGAGGUCUUGUCGAUGAUAAUUAGUGAAGCAAGUCUCGCGGAAUCUAGAGAUGAGUCCCCGAAGAAUAUGAGCUCAUCUGGGAUUGCACAGACUGGCACACGGGACGCUCUAGUUUUCUCCAACCUCACCCUCGUCAACAAAAGCAUGCGUCGGCUGUCCAUCUGCUUUCAGUACAAAAAGCUCAAACUCACGGCUUCGAAGCUGCGCACACUUGAGUCUGGACCGUUGACUCUGCGACGAAAUGUCUGUAUGUUCACUCGAGAACUGACUGUAUCAGGAGGAGGUUUCGAUUGGGAAGCAUUGCGGAUUCUGGUGGUAGAAUUCAGUAACCUACUUUAUUUUAUCUGGUACUCAUGGACAGAAGCCAUUCCUGUCUCAAUUUUAGACCUCUUGAAGUCACGGUUCUCGAAGACACGUCUACACCUUCAAGGACUGCCAAUACCUCUUAGACAGAACUCUCCGGUUAUCGGUAUCAAUGAAGAUGAUUUCAUUUUAUUGGAAGGUAUUGACGGAUGUCACAACAUCUCUUCCAUUUCGGCGAUACUUCACUCCGAGCACCCUGUAGCCACACGCCGCUGGAUGGACCUAGCAGUAUUGUUUCCAAACCUUGAAGUGCUACAAUUGCAAGCUCCAAGUCAAGAUCCUUUCUAUUUGGAAAGCGAGAGGGCCUACGCAGCUCAAGAGUUCCAUCUGCAGACACCCAAUAGAUUAUCCGGGCUGCGAAAACUUGUUUUUGAAUCGAACCGCCAACGCACGAGUGUCUUGUCCAUACCCCGCACCUUUUGGAACUGGGACAAGCUUCAGCACUUGGAAAUACGUGGUCGGCAGAUUUUGGCUUUUUUCAAAACGACAACAGGCCAUAUGAACAACCUCAAAACUCUGAAGGUGGAGCGCUUUCAACACCCAUAUCUUGCAUUCCAUGCUGACGGAUCGGAUUUUGACACGGCACUGAGCAGUUUCAUCCUGCGUCUUCCGAAUUUAAAUGAAUUAGAGGUCAUCAAUUCUUCAACUAAGAUCUCAUCGGCAGUUCUUACACAUGUGGGAACUGAUCUUCGAGUGUUAAGUUUCCAAGGCCUUUUUCGUCAGCAAGCACGACUGCCAUAUAUUGAAGAAGAAAUCCCCAUCGAAUUUCACCUCAAUCGCCAUGAUCUACAUGAAAUCUCGGGUUCCUGUCCUAACAUAUCCUCACUUAUAAUUGAUAUGCUCGUAAUGCAUGAAUUGGGAAGCAUAGCUUCCAGUAUGGAUCUCCAUGUGCUUCUCUAACACCUAUAUUUUGC